CCUCCUCCUCCUCCUCUCCACAUCCCUUCCCACUGGGAGCAGCCAACAGCCGCUCCUGGCUUCUCAGUGCCACGUGUCCCCCUAAACCCCACUGGCACCCAGUAGGAGCCUGAGACACCCCUUCCACUUAUGGGCCAAUGUUGGGGCCAAGGACAUGUCCCCAUUCCUUCUUGGGGGAGCAGACGGGGAGGGGCAGGGUCAGGCCAUGGCUCAGCUGUUCCCUACCCGUGGGGAGGAAGCUGGGGGCGGGAGGCAGCCCGGGUUUCCCUGUGGGGCUGAGACAGGCACGUUUCAUUUGCACCCAACCACCGCUGUGGGGAAGGAAGCGCCAAGUGGUGCGGGGCACAGGCACCCAGCACAGCAGGGGACUCGCCGCCCCGCCAUGGCUCUGGGCACCUCGAGGACGAUGUGGGACAGCAUGGAGGGAGCUCUGGUUGUCCUCUGUGCCCUGCUGCUGUGCUGCAGCCCUCCGCUGGCCGGCUGCCACCAGGUGACCCUCUUCCCAGCCAUGUUAACUCGUCCUGCGGGCAGCUCAGCCACUUUCAUCUGCAACAUCUCCAUGGAGAACUCCAGCUCGGAGUUCAACCUCAACUGGUACCAGAAGACCAACAACAGCAGUCCCCAAAAAAUUGCUGGGUUCAUCCGGAACAUCCCCCAGAAAAAGAUGGAGAAGUACCAGCUCUUCAAUAACACUCCUGUAUUCAAGAUGGAGAUCCUGAACCUCCACCAGAAUGACUCAGGCUUCUACUACUGCGGGCUGAUCACCUUCUCCCACUCUGAUAAAGUGGUGGAGAGCAACCAUUCCCAGCUGGUAGUGACAGAAGCCCUUGAGAAGACAAACACAGUUGAGGAGCCUGAUAAGGAGGAAAGCAGCCCCCCAGACCAUGUCAAGGCCGUGCUGCUGGGCAGCUUGCUGCUAUCUGGUGUGAUUGUGCUGCUGCUCUUUGGCUACAUCAUCAUCAACAACCGGAAAGCAGAUGUACAGAAACCAUCAAGUGGAAACACUCCGGCGGAGGAGGUGAAGCCACCCAUGGUGGACUAUGGCGUGCUGGAGUUCCAGCGGGACCCACGCAGCCAGGUGCCCCUUGAGACCUGCCCAGCUGAGCAGACUGAGUAUGCCACCAUUGUCUUCCCCGAGGAGAAACCCGUCACGCCAGAGCGGGGAAAGAGGCACAAGGACGAGAGGAUGUGGCAGCUGCCCUCACAGCCCUGCUGAGGGCCAUCUGCGUGCAAGGACUGGAGUGAUGGAGUGAAUAUGAGCUUCAGUACUGGAGUUCAUGUGGGACAGUCCCGGCUGUGCUGGUGACAUGGGGAUGAGCACCAAGGAACGAGAACACGUCCAUGCUGGAUCCUGGUGCUGCGCUUUGGGCAUCUGUUCUUUGCUAUGAGCUGAGCAGUGAUGCUGAUGGGGCUGUGCUCAGAUUUUACCUCCACCUGGGGAUUCUACAUUGGCUGUGUCGCAUCCAGCGCUGCUGGCAAAACACAGCUUUGGGAGAGAGCUCCAGGGCAAGGAUGGAGGUGGUGCUGGAGACUGUCCACACACUGAGGUCUUGUCCCAGCACAGGGCCUCCUGCACGCACUGCUAUUUAACGGACCCCUGGGAAGCAGAAAGGUGCUUUCCCUCCUCUAUCAGGCACUUUCCUCUUCCUCUGUGGAGAUGAAGGACGCUGCUGGGCAUCCUGGGAAGCCCUGGGAUGGGGAUGCUGUGCCCGGUAGGAGCCAGAUCUGGCCGUGGGGGUGAAUAAAGGGUUUCAUGCCA